AAUAGGGGCGGGCGGUUUGGGUAUCAAACGGUGUCCGUGACAGAGAACCGUCCAAUAGUCAUCAGGUGACGUAACGUGUUCUAUCCAAUGGCAGACGACUGCUUUCAAUCCGCCCAAUGAGAACAGGGCGGCUUUAGGGCUUAAAAAGACAGCGUUCGCCAGCGCUGCUUAUUGUGGUUUUUCUCCGUGAAGUUCACAGCUCGACGCUAUGGCCAGAACCAAGCAGACCGCCCGUAAGUCCACUGGUGGCAAAGCGCCCAGGAAGCAACUCGCCACUAAGGCUGCUCGCAAGAGCGCCCCGGCUACCGGCGGCGUGAAGAAGCCUCACCGUUACAGGCCCGGCACCGUGGCUCUGAGGGAGAUCCGCCGUUAUCAGAAGUCUACUGAGCUGCUUAUCCGCAAACUGCCCUUCCAGCGCCUGGUGAGAGAAAUCGCUCAGGAUUUCAAGACCGACUUGCGUUUCCAGAGCUCGGCCGUCAUGGCCUUGCAGGAGGCUAGCGAGGCGUACCUGGUCGGUCUGUUCGAGGACACCAACCUGUGCGCCAUUCACGCCAAGAGGGUGACCAUCAUGCCUAAGGACAUUCAGCUGGCCCGCCGUAUUCGCGGAGAGCGCGCUUAAACCUCAAUUCUGUCUAACGUACACAAAGGCUCUUUUAAGAGCCACCACAUUCUCUCGGAUAAAUGAGCCCUUUUUCAUAUCUGUCUGUGUGUACUCAGAGUUUGUUGUAUAAAGCACACUUUGUGUUUGUGUGUAUAAUAUCAAAAUAUAUAAUCACAUGUAUGUAAAUUUGAAUCUGCUUAACAGAAAUGAUUUACAGAGUGUUUGUGUUAGGAA